GAUCACCGGCUGGUGCCGGGGGACCCACAACCAGUCCAGCAGCUGUCGCCCAGCCAGAUCCCGAACCCGGAAGUAGUGCGCUGCUGCCGCUCGCUCCAACCAUGAGCGGCUCCCUGAGGCCCAGCUCAAGCACUUGGCGGCGAGCAGCCUCCGUCAUGCUGGUGGCCGGCUGGACGCGCCCGAGCGCCGCUGCCCUGUCCCCGCCGCCCGCCGAGGGCUUCCGGUUGCUGCUGCUGCAGCGCGCUUCUAGCCAAGGUUUCAUGCCCAACGCGCACGUCUUCCCGGGCGGCAUGCUGGAUGCGGCCGACCGCUCGUCCGACUGGCUGCGCCUCUUCGCACCGCACCAAGGGCCGCCGCGCUUUGGCCUGGGUCCAGACUCGCUAGGGCGCGCGUCGUUCCCGGUGGUGCCCGACGUCCGGCCCGAUGAGGACCCCGCGGCGAUGCCGGAUGACGUGGCUUUGCGCAUUUGCGCCAUCCGUGAGGCCUUCGAAGAGGCGGGCGUGCUACUGCUGCGGCCCAGGGGCCCUCGAUCGAACCAAGGUUCCGAGGCUCUGAAGCCGGGCCGCACCCUCGAACCGCCGCCGGGCCUGGCCGAUUGGCGAGCCAGCGUUCGUAGUGACCCGCGCCGCUUCCUGCACCUAUGCGCGCACCUGGACUGCACACCAGACAUCUGGGCUUUGCACGACUGGAAUGUAUGGAUCACGCCAAACUCGCCCCAAUUAAGCCGCCGCUUCGACACCAUGUUCUACUUAUGCUGUCUGAGUGAGCCGCCGCUUAUCUACCCCGACUUGUCUGAGGUGGUGCACUCCCAGUGGUCAUCUCCUUCAGAGGCAACCAGAAGUUUCAUUUCGAAGGACAUUUGGUUGGCACCCCCACAGUUCUACGAACUAAAGAGACUUGAAAACUUCGCCUCUCUGUCUGACUUGCACACCUUCUGUUUGGACCGUGCAUCGGAAGGAGUGGAAAGAUGGAUGCCGGUCCUGUUAUUCACUGCUGAUGGGCGUAUCGAGCUUCUGCCGGGAGACGAGCUCUACUUGGAAGAUUCAGACUUUUUAGAAAAAACUUUGUCUACUGAAAAAAAAAUAGAAGAGGUCAUGAAGGAAGGCAGGAAAUUUCACCGAAUACUGAUAUACAACCGCUAUCUUUAUCAUAUCCACGUGACUAUCCCGCCAAAGUUCAAACAUGUUUAUCCUAAGAACUACGUGGCAAGUAAAAGCCAUUUGUAAGGUGCUACUGCUCAUGGUCAUGGAUCAUGAGAGUUGAUUCAACUUACUCAAAAUAUAAGGAACUUGUUACCUGUCAAAGUUAUGAUGCAAUAUGUCUUCCAUCAAGCUCUCUGGCUUAUUUUAUUCUCUAAAGCUUACAGUAUGUCAUGAAUAUAAAGCUUAUACAGUAUUAAUGAUCUUACUACCCAAACACAAAUGCCAUGAGCAGCUUCUUGUAUCAGAAGUUUCAAUCAGAUGCUCACUGCCAGCAUUCCGCUGAUCUACUGAAUUCCACUUCCUUUCCCAAGGUGCCUUGGGAACUCAGGGUGACCCAUGAGUUUCUUAACUUUCUGCUGGAAUUAAUUAAAGAAUGUUAGAUUAGAUGGUGAGUGGUAGACUAUGACAGCCUCCAAAUGAUCAUGCUGCUCUAUUUUAUCUUGAUGAUUAACACACAGUUAUUUACAAAAACCAAUAGCAUUCGUUAUUGUAUUUCCCAAUUUAUAAGUCUAUGUUAAUAUUUUAAAGAAAUAGAAAGUCAUAAUAAAAGCCAUUAUUACUUUUACUCCAGAGCAGUCGUUAUGCAAAGAGGGUUAGAGACAUGUGGUGUUUUAAUUAAUAAGUUUUAUUUUUGGUACAUUUAAUGUAAAUAUUU